UUCCCUCGCGGCGGCCCUGAAAGCGGCCCGACAUGGAGCGCGCCGGCGCCACGCCGGGAGGAGCAGCGCCCGGCCGCAUGCCCACGAAGCGCCGCCCGCCGGCCUCCUCGCCUGCCCCGCUCGGCAUCUCGGCCUCCAGCCCGGCCCUCAGGACGGACCCGCAGCGGCUUUUCGAGGACACCAGCGCCUCCGCCUCCUCGGCCUUCCUCUCGGAGCCCGUCUCCAGCUUCGCCGCGGCCUACGGGAGCAGCCUGGCCAGCCAGGGCAAGGAGAUCGUGGGCAGGAACAUUGACCGCUUUGUCCCCGUGACCAAGCUGAAGUACUACUUUGCUGUGGACACCGUCUAUGUGGGCAGGAAGCUGGGGCUGCUCCUCUUCCCCUUCCUGCACCAGGAUUGGCAGGUGCAGUACCAGCAGGACACCCCUGUGGCCCCCCGCUUUGACGUCAAUGCUCCCGACCUCUACAUUCCAGUCAUGGCGUUCAUCACCUACAUCCUGGUGGCGGGUCUGGCGCUGGGGACCCAGAACAGAUUCUCCCCUGACCUGCUGGGCUUGCAGGCGAGCUCAGCCCUGGCUUGGCUCAUUGUCGAGGUGAUAGCCAUUCUCCUCAGCCUGUACUUGGUCACUGUCAACACGGACCUGUCCACCAUUGACCUGGUGGCCUUCUCAGGGUACAAGUAUGUUGGGAUGAUUGUCGGCCUCCUGGCUGGGCUGCUCUUUGGGAAGACGGGUUAUUACCUGCUGCUGAGCUGGUGCUGCGUCACAAUCUUUGUCUUCAUGAUCAGGACCCUGCGCCUGAAGAUACUGUCGGAAGCAGCGGCCGAGGGGGUGCUGGUGCGGGGAGCCAAGAACCAGCUGCGCAUGUACCUGACCAUGGCUGUGGCCGGCCUUCAGCCGCUCAUCAUGUACUGGCUCACUUUUCACCUCAUCUACUGACGGACGGGUCUGCUGAGGGGGCAGGGUGGGGGUCCCCACUCCCUGUGGGGGGUCUGUGCAGCAGGCUGGACAUAGACCUGGCCUGGAGCCACCGUGGCUCUGGCUUCAGCGACCUUGGGGUGUGUGGAUGUUGUCAGGGCUGGGUGGGCAGCAGGAGCCUGUUUGCAGAUGGGGAGGGGGCUCCCAGGCAGGCUUCCGCUCAGCUCCCUCUGCCUGGGGGCAGCAUCCUUUCCCCCCACCCACCCACCCCUUUGCAUGCAGGCCGGAGCCUUUGCGAUCACUGCACACCACCGGAGAGCGCAUGGUAUUCUCCGCCCGUGCGCCAGGUUUUGCUGCUUGCGAGCGACUCAGUAUUACUAGGGAGGGUGGGGGGAGGCUGUCAGAGGGGGUUUCAUGGAGCAGCCGCCUGACACCCACCUGCCCUCCCCCCCCCAGCCCACAAGCUGCUUGCUUCUCUGUCUUUGGUGCUGUACACACAACAACAGGCCAAUAAAGAAUGAAACCUGU